ACUCCACAUCAGCGCUUGCUACAUGCGGAGUUACUAUCUUCAUGUGAAAGGGGAGCUAACUUAUUCUGCGAGGAGUUUGAGGGCGGUAGUGACACACGACUGAUUCUGCGUUGUCAUCUUGACAAGUUUGGAUACGGGUGGAAGCAGUGCAUAUUCUCAUCAUGGGUGACAGCACAAAUAUCAUCGAGUCUGUCAAGGAGUACUAUGGGAAGACUCUGCAAAACACCAAUGACCUUAAGACUGGAGCCUGUAUGACCCCGUCCAAGCAGAUGACAAAACCCAUGAAGGCGGCGCUCAGUGCCGUGCAUGAUGAAGUCCACUCAAGAUACUAUGGCUGUGGGUUGGUCAUACCAGAGAAGGUGGAAGGAAUGCGUGUCCUUGACCUUGGUAGUGGAAGUGGGAGAGACUGCUAUGCGCUCAGUAAGCUGGUGGGAGAGGAGGGGUCAGUAGUUGGCCUCGACAUGACAGAUGAACAGCUGGAAGUAGCAUGGAAGUAUGUUGACUACCACACCCAGAAGUUUGGCUAUUCCAAACCCAAUGUGGAAUUUGUCAAGGGCUACAUUGAGAAAAUCACUGAAGCUGGGAUCAAAGAAAACAGUAUCGAUGUCAUCAUCUCCAACUGUGUGAUCAACCUGUCACCUGACAAGAAGGGAGUACUGAGGGAGGCGUACAAGGUUCUCAAGGAGGGCGGGGAGCUGUACUUCAGUGACGUCUACUGUGACCGGGAUCUGCCAGAUUCAGCCAGGAAGCAUAAAGUGCUCUGGGGCGAGUGUAUCAGUGGUGCCCUCUGGUGGGAGGACUUGUACACACUGGCCAAGGAGGUGGGGUUCAGCCAGCCCAGGCUUGUGACAGCUACACCAGUUCCUGUGGAGAGAGAGGAUUUCAAACAAGUGCUAGGUGAUGCCCGGUUUGUGUCGGUGACGUACCGACUGUUCAAGUUACCGUCAGCCAUGCAGCCUGCUAGGCAGGUCAUCUACAAUGGGGAGAUCACUGGCUAUGAGGGGGAACUCAAGUUUGACUACCAGCAAACAUUCAAGAAUGGAGAUGCAGUCAGUGUAGGAGAGGAGAUGUCCACCAUCUUGUCUGUGUCGCGGUUCAAGGAAGAGUUUGACUUCCAGCCAGCAGCAUCUGGAAGUUCCGGCAGUGCCCCAGCAGUGCAAGUCAAAAUUGACCCAUUUGUGUACAUGGCACAGUUGGAUUCCAAAGGAGAGUUACCUGCUUCUGCGUGCUGCGUGUCAUCUGCAAAAAAGUGCUGCUAAUCUGAUCAUUUCUGUUUCUUAUCAUAAUGGCACAAGAGUAACUCGUAUCAUGGCAAGAUUUGUACUGAUUUGUGACUUAAUGUUUUAAUCUCAUUGCUUGAGAAUCAAUUUGUUUGAGGGCGAAUGGCCAGUUUAAUUCCUGAUGUUAAAUUCUGCCCUAUAUGAGAGAC